AUGGUUAUGCCAAGGUUCGAAGCUCUGCAAAUCAGUGCUGAAAAGGACGAUCAACAGCUUUUGAUUGAUUGUAAGUUUAAGAGUUUUAAGGUUUUGUUGGUAUAGAUUUAAAACAUUUAGAUUGUUAUAAAUUUUAAGUUGUAAUAGUAGAAUCUAGUUGUAAAAAACUAAUGAACUAAAUUUUUUGUUAGGUAUAACAGGUUUUUACAAAAGUUAAAAAGUUUUAAACAAUAUAAUUAUAGGUGCCAAAGGGUUUGCCUACUCGACCUUUCCGCAAAUUAAUUUUAAGGAUGAGAAUGCGGACACAUUUAUCGAGUUUUAUGUCUAUUUCGCUAAAACUGUGUCCAUGUUCCCGAAUAGCGUUGAUUGGGAGACGUUGAUGGCGUUCAAAACUCGUCUUAUUCACCUUGGAGCGCCAUAUCCAGCGUACAUGGGUCAAAGAACGUUGCAGAUCAUGGCCGACUUCCGCAAAGUUUUGGAGAACGAAGACGAGAAGAAGAAGUACGCUGCUGUCUACAGACACUUGAGUGAGAUUGAUUUGGACUGUAGCUACAUGUAG